UGCGGGGCUUUUGAGUACCCAACUACUGGUGGUCAGGGCUCCAGAGUGAGGAACCUCCUCAAAAUACAGGCCGUAAACAGAACUAUGGUUUUCUGUAUACGACAUCUGAUCCAAGCCAAAACUUCUUAAGACGUUGGACGAAGCUUUUCGCGAGAAGACCAUUGACUGAAACAACUAUUGUAACAAUAACGGUUGACUCAACACUCGUGUACAAGGUCCAAUUUAUAAUUAUUAUUACCAGAUCUAAAUUUGAAAUUGGAAUUACUGAAAGAUCCAAAUCUAAAUUUGAAAUUGGAAAUACUGAAAGUUCCAGAUCUAAAUUUAAAAUUGGUAUUACUGAAAAAUAAAAAUGAGUUUCUUAAGUGAACUGAAGAAGCAAAAAGAUCGGCUCAAAGGAACCGAAACAGUGGUUACGCGUGUAGAUGGCGUGAAAUUCGUAGAAGGUUCUGGAACUUUGCUUGAACCAAAUACCUACGGAUUCGUUGUAGAUACUAAACCAGACGAUAUACCAGUGUUGAUUGUAGAUCAUUUGUAUAUAGGCUCUCAAGAUUGUGCAGUUAAGAGUGUUUUAGAAAAGUUUAAUAUAAAUUGUGUUAUUAGUUUAGGCAUAGAUGUUGAUGUAUGUAAUUUAGAACACAGGUUCGUACCAGUUAUGGAUUUGCCUGAAUCCGAUAUUGUACCAGUUUUGGCUGAAUGUUUACCGUUUAUCAGGAAUUGUAUAGAAGCGAAACUGAAUGUAUUAGUACAUUGUAACGCAGGGGUAUCCCGUACAUCCAUGGUCGCCAUAGCUUAUCUAAUGGAAUACGAGAAAAUGAGUUUUAGCGAAGCUUAUGAAUUGGUAAAAACGAAACGGCCGGCUAUACAGCCAAAUGCUGGUUUUAAAAAACAAUUACAAUGUUUGCAACCAGGAAAUUUAUUAAAAUAAACAAUAUU